GCGGGCGAGAGACGCGGUCCGGCAGGGUGGCUGCCCGGGUCCCUCACGCGCACACCCGCUCCCCGGACCUGGCCGCGCCGCCGGCCCUCGCCCUCCCGCCGCCUCCGUCGCCCCCGCCGCGCACACACGUACACACACACACGCGUCCACACUUGAUCGGCGCGCGCGUGAGCGUGUGCGUGUGCCUGCCUGCCUGCCUGUCUCUCCGGGGCUCGCCGUGUCAGGCCUGUGACUUCUCCGAGCCCGCACAGCGCCCGGCCCGGCCUGGCCCGGCCGCUGCCUCCUGCAUGUCUUUACUGCCCUCAGCCCCGCCGCCUGAGCAGCCGCCUCAGCCCCCUCGACAGACGCCUCGCGUGCUGGAUGCAGACUAACAGGGAUGCCAAAGGAAAAAUAUGAUCCUCCCGAUCCUCGCAGAAUUUAUACCAUCAUGUCAGCAGAGGAGGUAGCCAAUGGGAAGAAGUCCCAUUGGGCAGAAUUGGAAAUCUCGGGUAGAGUGCGGAGCUUAAGUACGUCACUUUGGUCGCUAACGCACUUGACUGCUCUCCACCUCAAUGACAACUAUUUGACUCGCAUUCCACCCGAUAUUGCCAAGCUUCAUAAUCUGGUUUACCUGGAUCUAUCAUCCAACAAACUCAGAAGUUUACCAGCAGAACUAGGAAACAUGGUAUCUCUCAGGGAAUUGCUUUUAAAUAACAACUUGUUACGAGUUUUGCCUUAUGAACUUGGACGGCUCUUCCAGCUACAAACAUUAGGUUUAAAAGGCAAUCCUUUAUCACAAGAUAUUCUCAGCCUGUACCAGGAUCCAGAUGGGACACGGAAAUUAUUGAACUACAUGCUUGACAAUCUAGCAGUUCAUCCGGAGCAGCUGCCUCAAAGGCCAUGGAUUACAUUAAAAGAAAGAGACCAAAUUCUGCCCUCAGCCUCAUUUACCGUCAUGUGUUACAACGUGCUGUGUGAUAAAUAUGCCACCAGACAGCUCUACGGCUACUGCCCAUCCUGGGCAUUAAAUUGGGAAUACAGAAAAAAGGGAAUCAUGGAAGAAAUUAUGAACUGGGAUGCAGAUAUAAUUAGUCUUCAGGAAGUAGAAACCGAGCAAUACUUCACCCUCUUUCUGCCAGAGUUAAAAGACCGUGGUUAUGAUGGAUUUUUUUCUCCAAAGUCACGUGCCAAAAUCAUGUCUGAGCAGGAGCGAAAGCAUGUGGAUGGUUGUGCAAUAUUCUUCAAAACAGAAAAGUUCACCUUGGUGCAAAAGCACACAGUAGAAUUCAACCAAGUGGCAAUGGCAAACUCUGAAGGAUCAGAAGCUAUGCUCAACAGAGUGAUGACGAAGGACAACAUUGGGGUUGCUGUAGUGUUGGAGGUGCAUAAGGAACUGUUUGGAACAGGUAUGAAGCCACUUCAUACUGUGGACAACCAGCUGCUUAUUGUAGCAAAUGCCCAUAUGCAUUGGGAUCCUGAAUACUCGGAUGUAAAACUUGUCCAGACUAUGAUGUUUGUCUCUGAAUUGAAAAGUAUCCUUGAGAAAGCCUCUGGCAGGCCUGGAAGCCCAUCAGCAGAUACCAACUCCAUCCCACUGGUGCUGUGUGCAGAUCUUAACUCACUGCCUGAUUCAGGUGUUGUGGAAUACUUAAGCAAUGGCAUAGUUGCCGACAACCAUAAAGACUUCAAGGAGUUGCGGUAUAACGAGUGUCUCAUGAACUUCAGUGGCAAUGGGAAGAACGGGGCUUCUGAAGGAAGAAUCACUCACGGCUUCCAACUCAAGAGCGCUUAUGAAAACAACUUGAUGCCUUAUACUAAUUACACCUUUGAUUUCAAAGGUGUGAUUGACUACAUUUUUUAUUCCAACACUCACAUGAACGUCCUCGGUGUCCUGGGGCCUUUGGAUACGCAGUGGCUGGUUCAGAACAACAUCACCGGGUGCCCCCACCCACACAUCCCCUCAGACCACUUUUCACUGUUGACCCAGCUUGAGCUCCACCCUCUGUUCCUGCCUCCCGUCAAUGGCAUCCACUUGCCUGCCAGGAGGUAGUGUAGCCCAGCCCCUUUUGCGGGCAGAGACCUGUUGUUUGUUUAUGGACCUGUACAGUUGUAAAUCAAAGUAUGUAGGAGUGAAGUAUGGCCAACCUUUUAAAAGCUGCUGCUUCGAGCUCCUUUCAUUACGUGUGCUGGUGAUACAAUUUUGCACAUUUUGGUGCAUAUUGGUACCAUUUGGCACUAGGGCUGGAACCAAAGUUGUUGUUCGUUCCCUUUUUCAGGUUUUUUUUUGGUUUGUUUUUAAUAUAUCUGAACACACACACACACAUUUUAAACUGGCAGGCUUAAUUUGUUCCAUUGGGAAGCUGCCUUUAUAAAUGGACAAAUCAGACAGGAGGGUUUCCAUAUAAGUGUGCAACUAUAGUUGUGACUUUAUUUAACAUGCUAACAAAAUGAGUCGUUCCUCGUUCUCCCAAGUCAUCCUCAUUUUUAUAAAGCAUUCUGAAAUAGCUAGAUACAACUGGUGUAUUGGUUGGGAAAUGUUUGUGAUUGGGAAUAGCACUUACCUUUUUUUGAACAUUAUUCACAGUCAGACUGCUCUUCUUCUCUCCCCAGAAAAAUUAAAGUGGAGAAAAAUGACCUGAUUGUUUUAAUUCCAGAAUUCCUUCCAUGAAGAAUUUGCCUGUGAGCAAAUAAUUGUAUAUAGGGCCAGUUUACUUUAUGGAGCCUCCCAUUCCAAGAUCAGGAACAGUUCACAUCCUGUGGGAGCUCCAUCGAAGCAAAUGGAGCACUACCACUUUUUCCACUCAUGGAUCUCCAGUCCAGUGAAUUGCUGUGUUUGCCAUUCAUUCUAGGGCUGAUGGUAGGAAAGCUCCAGAUGUAUUCCAGCAUUUCCCAUGCAAAGCUCUGAAGAAUGCCUGCAGUAUGACUUUGAAUUACUUACUGUGUGGCCCAGGAGAGCAAACCAGGCAAAUGUUGACCAUGGAAGGGUGAACCCAACACUUAAGAUUGUCUGUUUUACAUUCACUCAAAGGGCAAAUACCUCCCAACGUGAUCCACGGGUGUUCCACUUCCCCCUCCUCUUUUAAACUGCAGUCCUAUCCUCACCUUCCCAGUAAAACUUACAAGUUGCCAGCCGAUCAGGGCUAUGGGGCAUGGAGCACACCUGGCUCCUCCAUGCAUGAGAAAUGGCUUUUCUGGGUGCACUUUGUCCCAGCUGAGAGUGAGAAAGUGUUAGCCAUAAUCAUUCCUCAGAUCAUUGCUUUUCCUGACCCUAGUCACCAAAGAGCCAUCUCAUGCUUUUUAUGAUCUUUUUUGUUUCUCUGUUUUUUUUUUAAUCAAGGUUGAUUUAAAAAUAAAAUCUGCUUGUUAAUUCCCAACAGUUAGUUGCUUUCUUUAAGAGGUACUUGGAUUUUCUUUUUUCUUUUUCCAUGCUCAUGGUGGCCAUUUCAAACCUUUGUCCCUCCAGAGAUCAGAAGAAUCCCAAGGCCAUCUCUUUUAAAAGUAUUGGCUGCAAUUUGCCCUGCUGAAUAGCCCGUUCAUUGUGGUGGGACUGGCAGAAUGUCACGCAUAGCCUAUUGAAUUAUUUGAAGGUUGCUUAACCAUAGCCUUUAGUCAAUUGAGCCAUGCUUUCCAUUUCAAACGUCAACAACAAAGGCAAAAUGACAAGAAAAGGUGUUUUUAAGUUUUUCUGUAUUCUGCUUCUUUGCUGCUAUAUAAGAUUCCUUGAGCUUAUAUUUUAAACUUUUCAUGCACUUUACUGUUUCUAGUCUCAAAAUGUGAUAUUUUUAAUAAAUGAGAAUUUUUUUCCAUUAUGUGAAUGAAGUUUUUUAAAAAGCUUAUAUUUGUCUCAUUCAUACACUUAAAAAAGAAACUGAGAAGAAUAAACAGUCUAAAUUAGUUAUCUUAAGGCACUGUCUGUUGUAUAAAUUGUGUACCAUAAGCUGUCUUUUCCCUCCCACUUCCUCAUUUGCUAGUUAUGUAAAAAUGGCAAAGUAAAAUUUCAAUUAGGCUAAAGUAGGAAGUAGUAUUUCCUCUUUUGUUGUGGAGGACUGAGUGGAAAGGAAUGACUCGCUUCAGUGAAUACCACAAUUCACUUUCAAAAGUGCCUACAGCUGGAGAGGCUAUUGCCUUCGUUCAUCGGAGCUGGUUCUUUGUUUGAAAAAUUCAGGAUGCAGCGACACUAAACAAAGAACAUGGGAUUGCAACUGAAAAUGGCAGCCCCAGAUUGGAUCCCCAGUUCGUAAUAGGUAGCAAAUUUCCCCCCCACAUCCUGCUGUCAUUUCAGCAUUUCAUUGUGUGCUUCCUUGCCCUCACCCCACGUCAUUGACUUCCUUGGGUAGUGGAGGGAAAAUAUUUGACAAUAUGACAUGAGCACACAGAGCAAAUUGUAUUGGAGGGAGGGAAAGGGGGACUUCCCAUUGAACUAAUUAAUGUUUUCAACAGCAACCCCUUGUAUCUUACAACCUAGCUCCAUUGAAAGUGUGAAAUUGGUUGUGAAGCACGUUGGAAGUUUUCUCCUUCUUAAAGAAAGCAUUUUCUGUCCUACUCCCAAUAUUGGGGCAAGUAUCUCUUCUGAUAUACCUCAAAAGUGUUCCACAUAUGGCCAUGUACGUAUAUAAAUUAACAAAGUUAAUUACAGUAUAGUACUGGAAGGUAGAAUCGCAUGAAAAACUUAAUUUUGACAACAUUCACCUUUUCAGUGUGUUUCUGUAAGGAGGCAAAUCUGUUAGGAGGUUCUCCUGUUUCUGCCUCAUUGAAAUGAGCAAGAACUGCAACUUUCUGCUCAUUUCCAUCAGGCUUGGAUGGAAGAAUGUGCUACUGGAUUGUGCGCCAAAUCAUCUACUGUAUCUUUACUUUGGAGGCGUUUUUAACCUUUCCUUUCCCGCUCUGGAGGUCUGCACUAUUUCCCUCCUUCUCUUCAGUGCAUGUUAACUAGCAAUGUGAGCAAUAUUUCCUACCAUACUUCACUCCCAACUAUUUUUUGAGAUGUUUGUAUAAAAUGGAGUUUAAAAAAAAUUGCCUGUGAUUGUAUAUGAACUGCAGAGGAGCCAGUUUAUUAAAUAAUACAAAAACACGCAAUCUUUUGUAAUGUCGUUGGGGGCGGGGGACGAAAUAAAAGAUAUUGGGAAACAUUGUAAACAGCUUAAGUUCCUUUUUAUUUUUACUUUUUUUGCUCAUUUUGUUUUUAGUUAUACAUAACCAAAGCAAUCUGGUAUUGGAUGGUGUUGAGUUUUUCAUUAACUGUUACAGGAAAAAAAAAAUCUAAAAAC